UCCAAUGCACCCAUAUAGCAAAGAUCGCGUCUCUCGGUCGGUACUCGGCCCGCCGGUCCGUCACUCUCUCGGGAGUCGGGAGCUCACGAGGCAGCAGUUUCCGGGCGGCCUAAUAAAAAAAAAAAAGAAGAUCGUACUCUCUUGCCUUCCUCUUCUUUGGACGAGCCGAGGGCUCUCUAUAGAAGCGAUCGAUGGGAGACCGUCUCCGGAUUUUCCUAACGAUCUCGUGCCUUUUCUUGAUUUGGAUUUCCGCGUCGGCGUCAAUUCCGUUGAGCGAAUCGUUGGGGAUAGCUCCUCAAGAUUUGAGUUAUUAUAAAUCGGAUGUGAUCAAAUGCAAGGAUGGAUCGAAAAAAUUCACCAAAGAACAGCUGAACGACGAGUUUUGCGACUGCCCGGAUGGAACCGACGAACCCGGUUAUGUUGUGUUAUCCUGCAGGGACAUCGGCAUGUUCGCAAGGGAAAUUCUAUUGCCGGAAUGCGGGUCACAUUCCUCUCACAGUCUUCUCUUCCCGUGUGAAUGAUGGUAUAUGCGAUUGUUGUGAUGGGAGCGAUGAAUAUAAUGGCAUUGUGAACUGUCCAAAUACAUGUUGGGAGGCUGGUAAAGUGGCCAGGGAGAAAUUGCAGAAGAAGAUAGCGAUGUUUCAGAAUGGAAUUACUAUUCGAAAGCAGGAAGUGGAAGAGGCAAAACAAGCAUUUGCGAAAGAUGAAGCAGAAUUGUUAAAACUUAAAAGUGAAGAGAAGAUACUCAAAGAGAUUGUUCAGAAGCUUAAAGAGCAAAAAGAACGAAUUGAGAAGGCAGAGGAGGAAGAACGUAAAAAAAAGGAGGAAGAAAUUAGGCUCAAAGAAGCUGAAAGGAAAGCUAAUGAGGCAAAGAAAGCAUUUGAGGAAUCUUCACAUGAUAGCAGUGAUCAGGCUCCUGAGAAAUUGUCAGAAUUACCUAAUCAGGAUGCAAUGGAAGAUCACCAUGAUUCUGCAAUAGAAGAGAAAAGUGAUUAUACCGCUGAAACUGAGAUAUCUGAUAGUCAGGCAGUGGGAAAGGUAGCCAAUGAUCAUGAUGACACUAUAGCCAAGUCUGGAGAUGAGACUGAUGAUACAAUAGCCAAGUCUGGAGAUGAGACUUAUGAUACAAAUGAAGAAUCAUCUUUCAGUCAUGUGGAAAAGCAGCAUUUGGUCGGAGACCAAGAUAGCACUAUGCUGAAAGCUGACACUGAUGAUUAUACUAGAAGUAAGGAAGCACCUUCCAGUCAUGUGCUGGAACAGCAGGGGCAAGUUCUUGACAGUACCGAAGGAUUGUCGAGAGAAGAGUUGGGCCGUCAUGUAGCUUCUCGCUGGACAGGGGAAAAUGCUGCAGAGGAAGAGGAUGGAGUUGACACUGCAAAAGAGCAAGGACAUGAACAUGAUGAAGAUAUUCCAGAAGAAAAUCAUGGUGGUUAUAACUCAUAUAGUGAUGAAGAUCAUAACUUUGAUGAUGAUGAUUUUGAAGAUGACCCAGAUAUGGAAUUUGGAGAUCACGAAGAGCCUGCUGGAACCGACAGCUCUGAUGAAAAUGACAAAACUGACUAUUCAGAUUUAACUUCCUCUGGUAGCUCAUCAUGGCUGGACAAGAUUCAACAGACUUUCAGUAAUGUUUUUCAAGCUAUCAACUUUUUCAAAAGUCCAGUAAACAUAUCAGAAGCUGAUACUGUCAGAAAAAAAUAUGAGGACUCAAGCUCGAAGUUGUCUAAAAUACAAUCAAGAAUAUCCAGUCUAAGUGAAAAGUUGAAACAUGAUUUUGGCAAGGAUAAAGAAUUUUAUUCAUUCUAUGAUCGUUGCUUUGAGACCAAGCAGAACAAGUAUGUCUAUAAGGUCUGUCCAUUUAAGAAAGCCUCUCAGAUUGAAGGGCACAGUACCACGCAAUUGGGGUACUGGGAUAAAUUUGAGGAGUCAUACAGAGUCAUGCUGUUUUCCAAUGGAGAUAGAUGUUGGAAUGGCCCUGAUAGAACUCUAAAGGUUAGGCUUAGGUGUGGACUGAAAGAUGAGCUUAUGGAUGUUGAUGAACCAAGCCGAUGCGAGUAUGUAGCUAUACUAUCAACUCCAGGCCUAUGUCUAGAAGAGAAGUUAAAGGAACUGCAGGAGAAACUUGAAGAUGUGAACGCAAGUCGACCCUCCAUUCACGACGAGCUAUGAGAUCUUUUCCACAAUUUGCAGUGAACAAAACAUUCCUAAGUGCUUCCCACCACCCUCGUUUGAGCGUAAGAGGUUCAUGAGAAGCCUUUCCUGUUGGAACUGUGGAGAAGUUUGUGACGGCCCCAUGGAGACCACAUUCUGAUUGGAUGUCAUGAAGCCACCUUCCAAUAUUUAAAAGCUUCCGAGCUCACUACAUGCUGCUGUUGCAAUUCUUUUGCCAUCCUUCAACACGAAUGCUGAUUGAGAAUAGAGAAUAUCAAGGCAACUCUUAGUUUAAUUUACUUAGAUUAUCUUCAUGCACUUGUACUGCUGAUCAAUCUGAAUUCUCAUUAGCCGUUAUUGUAUAGUAAUUGUUCUGUUGUGAUAAGGUAAACUUGUAAACUAUUCGGUCAUCAUAGCCUAAAAACCUUGAUUGAUAUUUCAAGAACAAACUGUGGUUCGAUAUGGUCAUCAUUAUCCAAAUCAGUAUUUAUUUAAUACAACAUAUUUUAUA